UAAGAUGGCGGACAACUACAAGCAGGAAAAGAGAGGACACAAGUCCAAGUCUUCUUACAAACAGGAUUUACCGAUCAGGGAUUAUAGAAAAAGAUUGGUGCAGGCAGUAGAAGAAAAUGAAUUUCUAGUCGUUGUUGGUGAGACAGGAAGCGGUAAAACAACCCAACUUCCGCAAUACCUUCUCAAAGCUGGUGUCACAUCUAGAGGAAAAAUGAUUGGUGUAACGCAACCACGACGUAUUGCAGCUAUUUCUGUAGCCACGCGCGUUUCUGAAGAAAUGAAAUGUCAUUUAGGAGAAAUGGUUGGAUAUCAAGUUCGGUUUGAUGAUAACACCAGUGAUAAAACUCUGAUUAAAUACAUGACUGAUGGCUGCCUUUUGCGGGAAUUCCUUGAUGAUUGUGCACUUAGCAAAUACAGUGUAAUUAUUCUGGAUGAAGCUCACGAGAGAAGUUUAGAUACAGAUAUCUUAUUUGGAUUAGUUGGGAAAUUAUUUCAUGAUCAGAGAAAAAAUUUAGGUACAGAAGAUAAACCUACAAGGCUCCCAAAAGUUAUUAUCAUGUCAGCUACAUUAAAUCAUGAGAAGUUUUCUGAAUUUCUUGAUGGAUGUCCAGUCUUUGAAAUUCCUGGUCGCUGCUAUCCUGUGAAAAAUGUAUUUUUGGACUAUGUUGGUGUCAAGGACUUACGGACACCAAGUUAUCUGAAAAGGGCUAUAGAGACUGUGAUGAAGAUUCAUCUUGAGGAGCGUCCAGGAGACAUACUGGUUUUCCUAACAGGACAGGAUGAGAUUGAACAUGCAUGUGACAAACUGUUUGAGAGUGCUGAGAAAAUUGACUAUAGCCAUGAUGUCCAUUACAGUGAAGUGGAAGCCAUGUUGAUUCUUCCCCUUUAUGGCUCCAUGACAACUGAACUACAGAAGAGGGUAUUUGAUCCACCCAGUUCUUCUGUGAGGAAGGUCGUGGUAGCAACAAAUAUUGCUGCCACAUCACUUACUAUAGAAGGAAUAAGAUAUGUUGUGGACAGUGGCUUUGUGAAGCAGUUGUCAUAUAAUCCACGCACAAGACUUGACUCACUUAAUGUUGUUUUGACAUCAAGAUCUGAAGCCAUUCAAAGAACAGGGAGGGCAGGUAGAACCGCACCAGGAAAAUGCUUUCGACUUUAUUCAAAGGAGGUUUAUGAGACAGCUAUGACCGAAGAAACAAUUCCUGAAAUUCAGAGAACAAGUCUGAGUCAUGUGGUUCUCUAUCUCAAGUCCAUGGGAAUACAUGAUGUUUUAGGCUUUCAGUACAUUGAUCCACCAGAAGAGAGAAUGAUUCUAGAAGCAUUAAAACAACUCUAUUACUUUGGAGCAUUGGACAGGGGUGGAAAUGUUACCACCCUAGGUCAACAGAUGACAGAAUUUCCACUUUCUCCAGGCCUCUCCAGGACAGUGAUAUCCUCAGCUAGCCUUGGUUGUGCAGAACUAGUACUUGCAGUGGCUGCCAUGCUGUCAGUUGAAAAUGUCUUUGUAACUCCGGGAGGGAAAAAGAAUUUAUCGACUGCCACAAAUGUUCAUAAAAAACUGGCGGAGGAAGCCGGUGGAACAAACGACUUUGCAACACUCCUGUUUGUCUACAGGCAGUGUCAUUCCAGUCCAUCACCUCCGCGAUGGUGUCGUGAUCAUUACAUUCACUGGAGAGCACUUAAAAUGGCAUACAACAUACAUCAUCAACUGGAAACCAUCUUGCACAGACAGCUUAGCAAAGAUCCUCAUCCAAAGAGAAAUACAGACAAAACAAAAAUGAACUCCAAAGAUGUGCUAAGGAGAGUGUUAUGCUGUGGAUAUUUCUGCAAUGUAGCGCGGAAAAGCAGUUCAGGUAAUAGUUUCCGCACAAUGGAUGGGCAUGGUACUCAAGUAUAUAUUCACCCAUCUUCAACGUUAUUCGGUUGUGAAGAUCAGCUCGAGUGGAUAAUUUUUCAUGACAUUAUCUGGACCUCAAAAAUCUAUGUCAGAACAGUUUGCCCGAUAAGAUACGAGUGGGUGGGAGACCUCUUGCCUAGGUUACAUGAGGUAGACAGUUACUCCUUGUCUGGCUGGGCAGAGGGGAAAUUAACGGACAGCAAGCAUGAUGGGAACUUACAAGAUCACCACGAGACCGAAACAGGCACUGUUGCAGACGUCGUUAAAAUAUCGAAACGGAACACAGAAGACUCUCUUACGGCUGCUAGGCAACGCUUUCUUGAAAGAAAGAGAGCCCGCGAAAAAAACCAAGGCAGAUGACCGGAGGAACAACGGCUGCCAUCGUCGGAUGUGCCCUUAUUAGGGAAGCACUGCUAAUCACGUUGACAACACAUGUCCUGACACACUCGCUAUAGCUUACGGCUUCUUGUUGUCACUCGAGCCUCGCAUGUGGGCGCAAAGCGGAACGAGACCCACGUGAGCAGGACGGAUGUUAUCAUUUUAUUGUGCUUUGACAUUUCUGGAGAAAAUUCUGUGAUGAUUUAACUAAAAAGGAGAUAUCAAAUUAAUUUACGGAGGUGAACUUGUUUUCAUAAAAACAUUUCAACAUGCCUUCUUUCUAUUAAAUCAUUACACAUUCAUAUGACAUACUGCCUCUUACCAAGACACGGCCCAAACCGACCGGUGGAGAGCGGAAUACAAGAAUAGUUCUGAAAGAAUUUGUUUUCGUCCUCUCCCCAGAUUUCUCUUGGGCAGUAGUUCUUUGCAGCUUGACGGCAGUAAAUUUAAGCCUAAUCGUAGAGCUACUGUUCAUUUUCGUAUCGAAAAUCAUUUCGUAUCAUUUUCGUAUCGAAUGUGAGAUUUUCCGCCAUUUUUCUUUGGAUUAAAUUCUUACGGUCAUAUAUGCAGAAGGCAAUCAGGAAAUCAACACGCUCACUUGAUAUCAUGCAGCCUAUUCAAGAAAUAUUUCGCAAGGAAGCUUUUUCAGUUGUCCCGUCCUUAUAUUUAUGUCGUGAUGAUGUACAUGACUGAUAAAAACCCUGGUGCACAUUAAAGUGACAUGAUUAGGAUGGAAUCCAGUAAUUUCCUCGCCGAUAUCCUCCCCGCUUUUUAGGGGACGUGUUUGUUGGGCUUUUCGUCACUCUUGUCGUGUCUAACGCGGAAUCUUUUUCGCAAGCAAUGCUUGAAUCCUUGCUUUCUGCUUUAAAAGUUUUCACGUUAUUCUGCCGCUCUUGAUGCGCACUCUCACAUACCAUACCCGCUUGUGUCUCAGUUGAUGUGUCAACGUCCUGAUCUUUUUCGCAGGCUUCUAUUAAAUCCUCGCUUUCUCCUUUUACUGUUUUCACUUUACUUGGUCGCUCUAACUGCUCACUUUUACUAUUUUCACUUUCUUCUGUCUCAUGAUCAGUUACUGUGUCAACGUCCUGGUUCUUUUCGCAGGCUUUUCUUAAAUCGCCGCUUUCCCCUUUCAUUGUUUUUACUUUACUUUUUCGUUCUUGGUGCUUAUUCUCGCUGACUGUAUCUGCCUCUUCUGUCUCAGUUAUCAUGUCAAAGUUCUGAUCUUUUUUGCAGGCUUCUUUCAAAUGUUCUCUUUCUCGUUUUUCUAUUGUAACGUUACCUUCUCGUUCCAAAUGCCAACUCUCGCUGAUUAUACCCGCCUCUGUCUCAGUUAUCAUGUCAAAGUUCUGAUCUUUUUUGCAGGCUUCUUUCAAAUGUUCUCUAUCUCGUUUUUCUAUUGUGACGUUACCUUCUCGUUCCAAAUGCCAACUCUCGCUGAUUAUACCCGCCUCUGUCUCAGUUAUCAUGUCAAAGUUCUGAUCUUUUUUGCAGGCUUCUUUCAAAUGUUCUCUAUCUCGUUUUUCUAUUGUGACGUUACCUUCUCGUUCCAAAUGCCAACUCUCGCUGAUUAUACCCGCCUCUGUCUCAGUUAUCAUGUCAAAGUUCUGAUCUUUUUUGCAGGCUUCUUUCAAAUGUUCUCUGUCUCGUUUUUCUUUUGUCACGUUACCUUCUCGUUCCAAAUGCCAACUCUCGCUGAUUAUACCCGCCUCUGUCUCAGUUAUCGUGUCAAAGUUCCAAUCUCUAUCGCAGGCUUCUCUCAGUUCGUCGCUUUCGGCUCGUGUUAUCUCUUGUACUUCAGAGAUAAGAUCUAAGUUUUCGUUCUCAGUAAAUGCUCCAGCUUUUGUCUCCUUUUUUACGUCGAAUUUUUGAUAUUUUUUGCACACGUCAUCUUUCCAACUGUCGUUUUCGGCUUGUGUGAUCUCGUCUGCUGUACUUGUAAGGUCAACCUUCGCCAUUUCAGCUAAUAUUUCAGUUUUAGUCUCAUUCCCUUUUACCACACCUUCGGCCUGAGAUACCAUUUCUGUU